UUUCACAUUGACGCGUGUUCCGUGACAGUGAAGACGAUCUGUCGGGUUUGGUUGCGGACAGCUGAGCGGCGAUGACCAUGGACAUCACGUUUCUGGGCACGGGGUCUGCGUAUCCCUCUCCCUGCCGGGGGGCUUCUGCUGUUGUUUUCCGCACGGAAGGAGAGUGUUGGCUGUUUGACUGCGGUGAGGGAACCCAGACUCAAUUUAUGAAGAGCCCCCUUAAAGCAGGUAGAAUUACAAAAAUAUUUAUAACGCACCUCCAUGGCGACCAUAUAUUUGGACUCCCAGGCUUUCUGUGCACCGUGAGCCUCCAGUGCGGAUCUACCCCGAGUAAACAAACUGUAGACAUCUACGGCCCGGUGGGCCUGAGGGACUUCAUCAGACGGAGUCUGGAGAUCUCUCACUCCCAGCUCGCUUUUCCAUAUGUGGUCCACGAGCUGCUCCCUACAGAAGACCAGUGUCCACCAGAAGAAUUCAAGGACUGGUCUAGAUGUGGCCGGGAAGACGAGGCGGCUGCCGAGGAUCCGGGAAGGACUCUCUGUGAGGAUCCAGCCGAUGGCUCCUACCUCCUGUUUGAAAACGGACAAUUCACAGUAAACGCUAUCAAGCUUUAUCAUCGGAUCCCGUCGUUCGGAUUCGUAAUAAGCGAGAAAGAACGGCCGGGCAAACUCGAUGUGCAGAAGCUGCGAAGCCUUGGGAUUCAGCCGGGACCUGUUUGCGGAAAGCUAAAGCUCGGAGCUACAGUUACUUUAGAAAACGGGGAAACCGUUUCCCCGUCGGACGUCUUGGGAGAUCCCAUUCCUGGUCGGAAAGUGUGCAUUUUCGGGGACUGCGCGGGAAUUGUGUCUGCAGGGGGCGCCAGGCUCUGCCAGGAGGCGGACAUUCUGGUUCACGAAGCUACGUUGGAUGACGGCCAGAUGGACAAAGCCAAGGAGCACGGCCACAGCACGCCACGGAUGGUGGCCCAAUUUGCCAAUUUAUGUGGGGCAAAGAAGCUGAUUCUGACCCACUUCAGCCAAAGGUAUAAACCGCCUCUCAUGGUUGCUGAAGGCGAUGAAGACGUCACGGUGCUGAAGAAGCAAGCGGAAGAGGCUCUACUCAACCCAAAUGUGACUUUAGCAGAAGACUUUUUAACCAUUACCGUUCCAAUGAAAAAAUGAGAAACGUUUUUAACAAAUUUCAAUAAGAAAUCUACCUCUGACCAGCGGGCC